GUCAAGGUACUAUCAAAGUUUCACCAAAAACUAACACAAAAGCAGCAGCACCAGCCCAAGAGGCCAGGAACAGUGGUUCUGGGGGUUGAUAUGCAAGGCCUGUGAAUCAGCCUUAGUUAAAAUAAUCACAGUUAAGCCUGUAGAAAGCUAACUCUUAGAUAGCUUGUAAACAUUCCAACAUGGGUAAGGGUCAAAUUCCAUGUCACAUUUGCGGUUCUGUGUGCUCAGCACAACAACUCCACAGUCUGUGACCAACAGAAAAAGAAGAGCCAUUGAUAGAACAUGUCUCCGCCCUCGCACAAAGCAGCAGACUCCAUCCCACCUCACACUCUGACCCGGCUGGCACAAGAGUGGCUGGUAGAGGACACACCAAACUUUGACCCAGCGGGAGUUUGUGUGGGGUCACAAGAGGUGGAGGCGAGGUUGCUGUGUAAAACACCACACAGCAUCUUGGCAGGGAGCCCUUUCUUCACAGCAGUGUUCACUGAGGUCGGCUGCACCGUGGACUGGAUUUACCAGGAGGGAGCUGAGAUUGGUCCAGCAGCCAUCACGCUGACUGCUGUGGUGAGAGGCCCAGCAAGGUGCCUCCUCCUUGGGGAAAGGCCGGCUCUUAACUGCCUAUCCCGGGCCUCGGGGAUCGCCACCCGCUGUUCUCAGCUCCAGGUAAUGGCAGCAGCGGGAGGCUGGCAUGGAGAAGUGGCUGGCACACGCAAGACCACACCGGGCUUCCGUUUGGUGGAAAAGUACGCCAUGCUGGUUGGCAGUGUGUCCAUGCACAGACAGGACCUGAGUGGAAUGGUGAUGCUGAAGGACAACCAUGUCUGGGCAUCAGGAAGUAUCACACAGGCUGUGAAAGAUGCCCGGUCAGUGUGUGGCUUCAGCAGUAAGAUUGAGGUGGAGUGUCGCUCUGCAGGGGAGGGCAGAGAGGCGGCCGGAGCUGGAGCAGACAUUGUUAUGCUGGACAACAUUCAACCUCAGGAGCUCCAUGUUGCAGCUCAUGCACUGAAGGAGGAGUUCCCAACACUACUGAUCGAGGCGAGUGGAGGAGUGACCCCAGAGAACCUAGCUUUGUAUUUCUCCCCACAUGUGGACAUCAUUUCUCUGGGCUGCAUAACACAGGGCUGUCCAGUUGUGGAUUUUUCUCUCAAGGUUCAAAAGCCUAUUGCACACUCAAGCCUCCCAGAAUGAUGACCACCCCACACAGGAUGUAGAGACAGCUCCACUCUGAUUGCGUGGGAACAUAUCGUGAGAGUUUGUUCCGAUGAAUAGAGAAAACGUUUUUAGUGUGUUUUAUUUCCUAGAACAACCUAGAA